AUGGUCAACGUACGAAACCCCUUCAGGCGCCAGGACUCCGUCGACGCGACGACGGCGCCUGAGCUGCACCGAAACGCCUCCGACGACCUCGUCAAGACGCCUACCGACGAGAAGGAGGCGUACAACGGCGAUGUCAAGGCUACCGACCCCGCCGACUACUCGCCUGACCAGCUCGAGGACAAGAACGUCCUCGCGAACGGCAAGGAGCGGCCUAUCGAGACCGCCGAGGACAUUGCCACCCGCUGCAUCUCCCUCGAAGACGACCCGAACAUGGCGAUCCACACCUUCCGCAUGUACUUCCUUGGUAUCGGCUUGACCGCCUUCGCCGCCGUCCUCGGCCAGAUCUUCUACUUCCGCCCGCAAACCGUCUACGUCUCCCAGCUCUUCCUCCAGGUCAUCACCUUCUUCAUGGGUCGCGCCUGGUCCGCUGUCCUCCCCAACGCCUCGCGCGGCAAGUUCUGGGCGUUCCUCAACCCUUGCCCCUUCACCCUCAAGGAGCACGUCGCCAUCGUCAUCAUGUCCGCCACCGCCGCCUCGUCCGCCGAGGCCAUCUCCGUGUUCGCUGCCGACGAACUCUACUACCACAUCACUCCGAACUACGGCGUCGCCAUCUUCACCCUCCUCGCCUCGCAGCUGCUCGGCUACGGUAUCGCCGGCCUGAUGCGCUCCUUCUGCGUCUUCCCGACAUACAUCGUCUACCCCAAUCUCGUCCCUACCGUCAACCUCUUCGACGCCCUCCAUCGCGACAAGAACGUCGCCGCCCAGAAGAAGCGCCUCAAGUUCUUCUGGAUUGUUUUCGCCGUUAUCUUCGCCUGGGAGUGGAUCCCUGAGUUUAUUGCACCGACGUUGACGGGCAUUUCGAUCUUCUGCCUCGCCAAGCGCGACUCGGCGUGGUUCACUCGCAUCUUCGGCGGAUCCAACGGUAACGAGGGACUCGGCAUGUUCUCCCUCUGCCUCGACUGGAACUACGUCGGCUCCGGCGGUGGCUCGCUCGGCGCUCUCUUCACGCCGUUUACGACCCAGGUCUCGCAGUACAUCGGCGUCGCCCUCUGCAUCAUCAUCUUCUGCGGCAUGUACGCGACCAACGCCUGGAACGCCUCGAUGUUCCCCUUCCUCUCGCAAGACCUCUUCUUCGCCAACGGAUCGCAGUACGACCAGCUCCUCAUCCUCAACCCCGACUACUCGCUCAACGAGACCGCCCUCGCCAUCUACGGCGUCCCUUGGUACGCGGCCUCGAACGCCAUCUACUAUCUCGGCUGCAACCUCGCCAUCGGCGCGACCCUCACCCACGUCGCCAUCUGGUACUGGCGCCCGAUCAAGGACGCCAUCCACGGCUUCCGCACUCGCACCCUCGACGACCCGCACUACCAGAAGAUGCUUGUGUACAAGGAGGUUCCCAUGUGGUGCUACGGCGCUGUCAUCCUGUGCUCGUUCGGCAUGGCGAUGGCGACUUGCUACACCGGCCACUCCCAGCUUCCCUGGUGGGCGCUCAUCGUCGCCAUUAUCCUCGCCUUCUUCAUGUUCCCCUUCGUAUGCGUCAUCUACGCCAUCACCGGCUUCAAGACCGACGUCCAGCAGCUCGCCCAGAUGCUUGGCGCCGCCCUCGUCCCCGGCAACUCGCAGGCCAACAUGUACUUCACGCUCUACGGCUACAACUCGUGCGCCCAGGGACUCGGACUCGCUCGUGACCUCAAGCUCGCCCAGUACACCAAGGUCCCGCCUCGCACGACGCUCUGGGUCCAGUCCCUCGGAACGGUCGUCGGCGCCAUCCUCCAGCUCAUCAUCAUGAAGUCUGUCAUCAACAACCAGCGCGAAAUCCUCCUCGACGUCCAGGGCUCGAACAUCUGGUCCGGCCAGCAGGUGCAGUCCUUCAACUCGCAGGCCGUCUCGUGGGGCGCUCUUGCCAAGCACAUGUACGGACCCGGCUCGACCUACUUCAUCAUCCCCAUCGCCAUGGUCAUCGGUCUCGCCGUCCCUCUCCCCUUCUACUUCGGCCACAAGUUCUUCCCCAAGCUCCGCCUCAACACCGUCGUCACCCCCAUUAUCUGCUGGUGCCUCGGCUACCUCUCGGUCGGCAUCAACUCGUCCGUCUUCACCACCAUGCUCCUCGGCAUCAUGUCGCAGUUUGUCCUCCGUCGUUAUUACGCGACUUGGUUCCGCAAGGUUCACUUCCUCAUGUCGGCCGCCCUCGACGGAGGCACGCAAUUCUUCGUCUUCAUCGCCACCUUUGCGCUCUUUGGAGCCUCGGGCAAGCCCGUCACGAUGCCGGAAUGGGCACUCAAUCCGAGCGGCAACCUUGAUUACUGUCUCCGAUUGACGUGA